AUGCUGUCGUCUGUAUCAGAGGACGACGUGCUGGAGCUCCUUGCCGUUUCGGCUUCCUCUUCACAGAAUGGCUCGUCUUCUAACCUCGCAGCUGACAAACUUAAGCAGUUGGCAUCAGAACAACUCGAGAAAACAGCCACUUUUUGGUCCAAACUCCAUCAGUUCUCCAGAAUUGCCCUUCUAGGCUAUCCCAAUACAUUUGAGCAGUAUGUGCUCGAAUCGGAACCCAACGAUUGCUCGUUGGUGGCUAAAUACACCGAGAUUGUCGAUGUAGACUUGUCUCGCCAACCAUCACUUUCCGUCGAUUCGGUAACCUUAAACACCGUACAUGUGCCCCAUCCUCUUGUCAGCUUCUUACGUAACGAAACAAACCAAUCGGCGGCUGAAGAUGAUCUCGAUCUUAUGCGAGAGCUCCGUGAAUCACCUAUUCUUGUCUUCAUUCACGGACUAGGAGGACAAAUGUCGCAGUUCGAGCCGUUAAUGGGUCUUUUGUCGCAGUGUCUGGAGAUCAUAGCCCUCGAUCUCCCUGGGUUUGGUAACUCCAAGCUCAGCUUUGAAACAAAAACCAAACGUAAAUCGGUAUCACAGAUCUCUCCUGAAGACCAGAGAAGAAUAUCGUCUUCCGUAAAAAGAAUGUCUUGGGAAGAUUUCAAGACAGACAACAUCGUAAACAUCAUCUUUGAACUUAUUCAACAGAAAAUUCCUGCGGGGAAGAAAAUCGUUAUCGUGGGCCAUUCGAUGGGGACCCACUUGAGCGUCAAGCUCGCUAGAAAACUAUCGAAACAGACUGUAGAAGGACUCAUCUUGCUUUCUCCACCAGAUUUUGAAGACGAUAUCGAGUCCCAGGAAGGAGCCAAGCCGGCAACGGUGUCGAUGCUUACGUUUUUCACAUACUUCCCAGCAUUUUUCAACUUCUUCAGAACCUGGGAUAGACUCGAAGGACUCGAGAGCACAAGCGUAUUGCGGCAAUUGGGAAAUGUCGCAGGCAUCUCUAAUAGCAUCUACAACAAACUACGUCAGUUCCGCUGGAACAUGGAUGUCAAUUCAGAAGUGAUACUUAAAUACGUAAGAGGCUUCAACAAGGCCAAGUACUCUGAAUUGAUAGAAGCCAUCUCCAACUUCAACGACAACCCCCAGGACAAAACCGUCUACGAGAAAACGUUACUUCUUGGAGGUACCGACGACAGAUUGACAGCUGCAAAGAUAAUCCACAAGACCCAGAACUUCUUAACAAAGACGUUUGACAGAAAGGUGUCUGAGGCCAUAGAAGUAACAAAUGCGGGCCAUUCAUUACUAUUAGCCAAGCCUGAAUUCAUCAGUGGUAUUAUACUAAAUCACAUAGAGUCGAAAUUCCCUGAAAGAUUGCACUUAUCGCCUGCUUGGGUAUUGAAGGUAAAAGCCAAAAUCUCUGGCGACAAAUGGGGCUUGAAAAAUGAACAGAAGUGGAUGCAAUUGAAACCUAUUUCCACUAACAUAACCAGACAUAAUGGUAAAGAUGUAGCAGUUCUACUUGGAAUGAAAACUCUCAGAGAGGGAGAUAGCCACCAUUCGCCCACCAUAGUAGAGGACCUUUUCUACGGUGCAAACAAGGACAACAGGGCUGAAGGUAUACCGAAGGGAAAUCUCAUAGCCAUUGUAGAUAUCUCUGCCGAUAUACCCCCCUACAGUCCCAAGACGUUGAAGAACAUCAAAUACUAUAAAUGUGCCACAGUGUCCAAAGUAGUUCCAGACCAGAUUGCCAUUAGAAGGUUCAUUCAAUUGGUAGAUGACAUUUUGUCCAGCAAUGAAAAUGUAGAGAAUCCGUUAAUAGCGGUCCAUUGCCAUUACGGCUUCAACAGAACAGGGUUCCUCAUCUGCUGCUACUUGGUAGAAAAAAUGGGCUGGAGUGUCCAGGAAGCUGUCGAAGGCUUCAAGGCUGCGAAACCUCCAGGAAUUAAACAUCCCCAUUUCAUCGAUGCUUUGUAUGUCAGGUACGAAAGUUGA